AUGUCAUCUCAACCUCUUCUUCCACAUGAUCGACAUGAUCUAUCUUCUCCACCUCGAAGAAAGUUGAUCCUAACUACCAUCCUCAUACCUAUUCUACUCAUUGGUGGAAUCAUACUCGUAUCUAUCAAAGGCGAUGGUGUACCGAAAGAUAAUUUGGGACUGGCGAGGUAUUAUCUGAAAGGUUCGCCAGUAAUUGACGGUCAUAUAGAUUUGCCUGAAUUCGCGAGAGCAUUUUAUGGUAAUAAUAUCUCGGCAUUUGAUCUGAACAAACCUACUAAAGGUCAUGUUGACAUCCCAAGGAUAAGAGAAGGUUCCCUAGGCGCUUUCUUCUGGUCGAUCUUCGUGGAAUGUAGAGAUGAUAACGGAAAGGACUUCUUAAAUCCCACUUUCCAAGUCCGAGACACCCUCGAGCAGAUUGACGUUUCUUUCAACCUCAUUGAAAAGUACUCUGGUACCUUUGCGUUCGCUUCUACCGCGGAUGAAGUUGAGGUGGCUAUCAAGGAAGGCAAAGUAGCUAGUAUGUUCGGACUGGAGGGUGGGCACAUGUUAGGCAAUUCCCUUGCAGUUCUUCGAACAUACCAUAAACUCGGUGUUAGAUAUAUGACCCUCACACACAGCUGUAAUAAUGCUUUUGCCGACUCGGCUGGUAUAUUCGAAAGUGUCGAAGAGAGAUGGGGAGGAUUAUCAAAAUUCGGCAGAGCACUUGUACCAGAGAUGAACCGAUUAGGUGUAAUUGUGGAUCUCAGUCACGUAUCGGACAAAACGGCUGUACAAGCUCUCUCGAUCACAAGGGCCCCCAUCAUGCUCUCCCAUUCAGCCGCAAGACACUUCAACAACAUGUCGAGGAACGUCCCUGAUAAUAUCUUGGCUAAGAUCGGUAGAGGUAAGAACCAAGUUGACGGAGUAGUCAUGGUCAAUUUCUUCCCCGUUUUCGCUUCUGCCAAUCCUGAUGAAGUGGAUGUAUCCUAUAUUGCGGAUGAGAUUGAAUAUAUCGUCGAGAAGACUGGUAAACAUCACGUUGGUAUAGGAUCAGAUUACGAUGGGAUUGAGACCACUCCCAAAGGCUUAGAGGACGUAUCUAAAUAUCCAUAUCUGUUUGCAGAAUUGAUUAAAAGAGGAUGGACAGAACAUGAACUCUCGCUCCUUGCUGGAGGGAACUUCCUGAGAGUGUUUAGGGGCGUAGAGGAGGUUUCAAGGAAAUUGAAAAAUGAUGGUUGGAAACGUAGUUUGACGAUUUAUGAGAAACGAAGGGAUUUAGAUCCUGUAGAAUGGGAGUUAUAA